AUGUUAGCCAGAGUGGGGAUGCUGGAGGGAGGACAGCUGUGUCGCAACGGUCCCGGCCCCUGGUGCUCCUAUGGCAACAACAGCAUCUUCUUCUACAAAAGUAUACCCAGCCCCGCGCGGUCCCCGCCCUCUGGACCGGAAGCGGAAGCGGAAGCGGAAGUGGCGCCCGCGCGCCGAGGGCCUGCGAGGGGCUCCGCCUUGUGGCGCCAUGGGCUGACCCUCCCCUGUGCCGCCACUGGGUCCCUGGUGCUGACGGCAGGACUGCUCUUCUCCAACCGGUCCGUGCAUUCCGUGCUGCUGCGAGCCGGGGGGCAGCGGGUGACCGUCACCACCCACGGCCCCUUUGGCCUGGGAGCCGAGUUCACCGUGCCUCUGCGCCACGUGUCCUGCCUGGCCCACCGGGGCGAGGUGCCCGCCGUGCUGCCUCUCAAGGUUAAGGGCCGGCGCUUCUACUUCCUCCUGGACAAGGCCGGACGUUUCCCCAACCUGCGGCUCUUCGACGUCAAGGUGGGAGCUUACCGGAGUCUGUGA